UUAGUACAGCAGAGACCCUCCAGCACCCGCCAUGUCCUCCUCAGCCCACCCCCUCCUGCCCCCGCUCCCCGCCCGCUCAAUAUCCAGCGCAUACUUCGUCCCCUCCGUCCAUGAGGAACACACCUUCCACCCCCACCCGGCUCUCGCGUCUGCUACCAAGGUCACCCUCCAGAGUGCGGGUGUCGGUCUGUUAGUCAGUGCCGUACAGAAUGCUUUGCAAAAACACAACGCUGGUGCCCUCGGUGUCUUUACCCGAACAGGAAGCACCAUCACCCUCUUCGCUACCAUGGGUUUCUCAUACUCCUACUUUACCUCCUUCACCGCCAACCAGCGCGAAACCGACGACGCCCUCAACGCAGCCGCCGGCGGAUGUGCAGCCGGCUUCAUAGCCGGCGUGCAGCACAAGAGCUUGCCGGUAGCUGUCGGAGCUUGUGCGGGUAUGGCGGCGCUUCUGGGGACUUUUAGUGCUGCUGGUGGGGUGAGUUUUGGUCCAUUUUCACGCGUUACGCGCGGGCAGAGUUUGAAUUUGGGUUGAAUGGAGCUGAUGGUUGGAAUAGUCGUUCACUGGGGUGGACCGUAAAUGGCUUCCUCGCCCACAAAGAGAAGAGAUCCGGCAAUCAUUCUUCAAAAAGCAGCAGCCUGCUGGUGCUGGUGCCGAUGCCGAGGAGGACGAGGAAUAAGGAAUUUUCGGGAUGACGGGAUGGGGGACGAAGGGAUGGUGCAUCCGACAUGUGGGCACCAGGAGAUUACGCAAGGAUGGAUUAAGGGAUAAAGGACUAAAUAUACAUUCUGGCAUGGAUUGUCUGUAUUCAUA